UUCUUCAGAGAGAGAUCUUUGCAUAAUGUGUCUAAAGUAGGAUAAUUUCAGCCUGAUUAAUCAAGUUGGUGGAAGCAAAUUUCAGAAGAGUACUGGGACUCAGAAAUGGAGCCUCCUUCCUGCCUUGUGGUGUGCAUAAGCGAAGCAGCAGCCCACAGGAAACUCUUCACCUCUCUGAAAGCGGAUGUUGUGGUACCUGUGCUUUGUACUCCAUACACUAAAUACUUUUAAAGAAGGAAAAUACUUCAUCUUUCUCCUUCUACUUUUGUGAGAGGUGAAAAGAAUGGCUACAGAGUAGAUCCAAGAUUGAAAUAACAAGCCUUUAUUCCAGGAGGGUCAUUUCUCUCACCGUGUGAUGGGCUCAGGUAUUGUGGUGCUGCAGGCUCUCUACGACUAUCAGUACAAAUCUGAGGAUGGGAGGCAGGUGAUCAUUGCAGAAGGGGAGAUGUUCCAGCUUGUGCACAAGGCCAACGAGGAUUGGUGGCAGGUGAAGAGGUUCGGUCAGCCCAAGCAAAAGAGGCCUAUCUUUGUUCCGGCAUCCUAUGUGGCUGAAGUGCCCUGUGGCAGAAGAGCAAGCCUACAGCAAAAUGCCUUCUUGCAUCCUGGCAUCCAUUCAGAGCAGGACAGAGUUCCUGGAUGUUUGGAGGUGUUGUCUCAUUCUCUGGAGGACCUCUGGGUGCCGCCACUCUCAUCAUCUUCCCGCCCAGGUCUGUUGUCCUGCCGCAACCACCUUCUUGCCAAGAUGAGAACCCAUCAGCUGUCCCUUGGCAGGAGCCACAGCCUGAGUGGCCUGUCUCAAAUGAAAUGCAAAGAGACAAAGCAGUGGCAAAGUUCAGAGGAAGAGCUGGCAAGAAGUGGGAGGUAUUAUGGGAUGUUGGAUGAUACUCCUCCGUCUCUCCCUGCUGUCCUUGGGGAGAAGCCUCCAAUUUACUGCAAUCUGGAGGAGAUGAAGCAAUUACCAACAACACCCCCUACCCCACGCAGCCCACCAUUACAGGUGCUGGAAGCCUGGGAACGUCAUAUAGACUCCAGCUCCCUGCGCAGUUACUACUAUAAGCCUGCAACAGGUGAAAAGUCAUGGAAGCCACCCCGGAGGAGCCAAGAGAUGAGCUUGGUACAGAUAGAGGGAAAUGGUCUCUCUGCUCCAGCAGAUCCUGUCCCAGGAGCAACCAUGGACCAAAUGGAAGACAGGGUGAGCGGGGAGCAGCCUGAGGCUCAGAGUUUCCGCAUCAGGGACAAAAAGCUGGGAUAUACCAAAUCCUUGAUGCUGCCAGAGACACGGCUUCCCAAGGGAAACCAUCGGCGGAACCAUUCCCAAUAUAGCUGUGAGGCCUGGUUAGGAGAAUACUCUGCACCAUCACCUACCAAUGGUUCCCCCUCAGACAAUGCUGAAUUGCUGCAUAUGGUGGAGAAAUCUGGACAGCUGAACAAAACUAAGAUCGCUGAAGGAGGUCGGAAACUCAGAAAGUGCUGGGCAUCGUCAUGGCUGGUAUUAGCUGGGAACAGCCUCAUGUUCUACAAGGACCCCAAGGUGACAGCUGCAUGGACACCAUCUGGUAGCCGACCUGAAAGCAGUGUGGAUUUGCGUGGGGCCCGUAUUGAGUGGGCCCGGGACUUGUCCAGCAAGCGGAAUGUCAUCCAUUUUCGCACUGUGACUGGCAAUGAGUAUCUCUUGCAAUCAGAUAAUGAAGCUGUCAGCCAGGACUGGUACCAGGCGAUCAAAGGGGUCAUCCACAGGCUAGAUCAAGAGAAUCCUCUGGAUGAGCCGCUUCUAUACCCACUCAGUCGGUCAAACAGUGCUGAACUUGUGGAUCUCAGUGGGGAUGAGGAAGAAGAACUUGGGCUCUCCAAGGGUGAAGUGCCGGCAGCCCCUGGUAGUCCUGGCAGGGUCUACAAGAAAAGGGUCAAGAGCAAGCUGAGACGCUUCAUUGCCAAGCGGCCACCCCUGCGAAGUUUACAGGAGAAAGGACUGAUCCGAGAUCAGGUCUUUGGCUGUCGGCUAGAAGCCCUGUGCCAGCGAGAAGGGGGUACAGUACCCCGGUUUGUCCAGCAAUGUGUGGAAGCUGUGGAACAGAGAGGGCUGGACGCAGAUGGAAUCUACAGGGUCAAUGGGAACCUGGCCAUUAUUCAGAAGCUGAGAUUCAUAGUUGAUCGUGAACGGGCAGUGACAUCCGAUGGGCGCUAUGUCUUCCCAGAGCAACGUUGCCAAGAGGAGAAAUUGAACUUGACCAGCCCACAGUGGGAUGAUGUGCACGUGAUAACAGGGGCCCUGAAGCUUUUCUUCCGAGAGUUACCUGAACCCCUAGUGCCGUACAGCCAUGUCGAUGGAUUUAUAGAUUCUGUCAAGUUGUCGGAUCACAAGGAAAAAGUGUCGAAGCUUGCUGGGCUGAUCCAGAGUCUGCCUCAACCAAACCGGGACACACUGCGUUACUUACUGGAGCACCUCCGCAAGGUGAUGGAUCACUCAGAUACCAACCGGAUGACAACUCAGAACAUUGGCAUUGUUUUUGGGCCAACACUGUUGCGACAUGAGCGAGAUGUAGCCAGCCUGGUAGAGGACAUGGUAUACCAGAAUCAGGUGGUGGAGCUGCUUCUUAGUGAAUUUGCUAGCAUCUUUGUGACCACAGGUGCUGAAUGACUUUGUUGAUGUUUGUCUUGGAUAUGGAUUUCUUUAUUCUCAAAACACAUUGGAUCACAGAUAAUCUAUUUCUGGAGCAAGCACUGGUGCUGUGAAGCUCUCUGCACCAAUCACAGCAGCAUAGUUUGCCAUCAUCUUCAGGACUAUGUUUUAUUAGGAAAGAUGGAUCUCUGCAUCCUCCCACUCCAAGAUUUUUUAGCUGGUCAAAUUUUUAAGCUGGUAUACCUUAGCAAAAAUAUGUCAUAUUCAUACCCAAGUAAACAACAACCGGUGAGAAUCUCAAAGAGAAACGUAUGGCUAGCAGCAGUUUGACUUUAGUCUCCCAAAUCUGACGCAACUAUUUAGAUGCAGAUUCCAAUCCUGACAAAUCUGUGAAGAAUAGGAGCAUUUUCAUUCCAUAAAUUAUUGUGCAUUCCAUGCCCUUGGGAGAGUCCUUACACUCUCUCCAUAUGGACUGAUGCCCUUGUCAUGCCAGCCAACCUAGACUUUACAGUCUCCUAUCCAGUGUAGCAACCAAAUAAUUUCUGUACUCUUGAAACCGUAAUCCUUCAGGAUUGCUUUCCCCAACUUGCUGCCUGUCAGAUGUGUUGGACUACAAAUCCCAUGAACUUCUGCUAGCACAGGCAAAGUCUUUUUAAGGAGAUGCCUUGUAACUCAUUAUUAGGGCACAUGAGUUUUCCCCCAAAUAAAAUUGAAAUUCCCUUUAAAAUUGCUAACAUUUCUUGCCAAAUAACCUGGGAAUCAUGGUUUCAUCAAGGUAGUGUUUGACUAUUUCUUUAUUAACAGAGCCUCAGUCCCUUUACAAAACUAUCAUUUAGAAUUGUUUUGAAAACAAAUCAAUAUGACUCUGAGUCCUCUGGCUAACACAGCCUAUGACCUAUCAUUCUCAGCGAGAUUUGUGAUCAGCUAAGGAAAGCGUUCAAUAAUAAAAGAAUU